AAGGCAGUAAAUGAUCUACAGUAUCAGUAUCUGGAAAGUUUUCCAAACAGAUGCCCCACUUCAAAUAGCUGUCGCCCAAUCUUGGGGCUCAGAGCCGUCAAGCUCCCUUCAAGGCAGUCUACCCUGUUCCCCUACCUGAUCCUCACAGUGCUGUUAAUCCGAUCAUUGAUGCUGAAGGGCUCUCUGCAGGGAAUUCUCUACUACUUGACACCCAAGUUCGAUCGCCUCAAGGAUCCACGAGUGUGGGUAGACGCAGCAACGCAAAUCUUUUUUUCCCUCGGUUGCUGUUCUGGAUCUCUUAUCGCAAUGUCCAGCUUCAAUCCUUUUAAAAACAACUGCUGCAGUGCAUUUUCGAGUUACACGUAUUAA